AUGCCGUAUUACUCCCUACAGAUGGUACCGUAUUACUCCCUACAGAUGAUACCGUAUUACUCCCUACAGAUGAUACCGUAUUACUCCAUACAGAUGAUACCGUAUUACUCCAUACAGAUGAUACCGUAUUACUCCCUACAGAUGGUACCGUGUUACUCCCUACAGAUGCUGUAUUACUCCCUACAGAUGAUACCGUAUUACUCCCUACAGAUGGUACCGUAUUACUCCCUACAGAUGGUACCGUAUUACUCCCUACAGAUGAUACCGUAUUACUCCCUACAGAUGAUGCCGUAUUACUCCAUACAGAUGAUACCGUAUUACUCCCUACAGAUGAUACCGUAUUACUCCCUACAGAUGGUACCGUAUUACUCCCUACAGAUGCUGUAUUACUCCCUACAGAUGAUACCGUAUUACUCCCUACAGAUGGUACCGUAUUACUCCCUACAGAUGAUACCGUAUUACUCCCUACAGAUGAUACCGUAUUACUCCCUACAGAUGCUGUAUUACUCCCUACAGAUGGUACCGUAUUACUCCCUACAGAUGGUACCGUAUUACUCCCUACAGAUGGUACCGUAUUACUCCCUACAGAUGAUACUGUAUUACUCCCUACAGAUGAUACCGUAUUACUCCCUACAGAUGAUGCCGUAUUACUCCCUACAGAUGGUACCGUAUUACUCCCUACAGAUGGUACCGUAUUACUCCCUACAGAUGAUGCCGUAUUACUCCCUACAGAUGAUACCGUAUUACUCCCUACAGAUGGUACCGUAUUACUCCCUACAGAUGAUACCGUAUUACUCCCUACAGAUGGUACCGUAUUACUCCCUACAGAUGGUACCGUAUUACUCCCUACAGAUGAUACCGUAUUACUCCCUACAGAUGAUACCGUAUUACUCCCUACAGAUGAUACCGUAUUACUCCCUACAGAUGGUACCGUAUUACUCCCUACAGAUGGUACCGUAUUACUCCCUACAGAUGGUACCGUAUUACUCCCUACAGAUGAUGCCGUAUUACUCCCUACAGAUGAUACCGUAUUACUCCCUACAGAUGGUACCGUAUUACUUCCUACAGAUGAUACCGUAUUACUCCCUACAGAUGGUACCGUAUUACUCCCUACAGAUGAUACCGUAUUACUCCCUACAGAUGGUACCGUAUUACUCCCUACAGAUGGUACCGUAUUACUCCCUACAGAUGGUACCGUAUUACUCCCUACAGAUGAUACCGUAUUACUCCCUACAGAUGGUACUGUAUUACUCCCUACAGAUGGUACCGUAUUACUCCCUACAGAUGAUACCGUAUUACUCCCUACAGAUGGUACCGUAUUACUCCCUACAGAUGGUACCGUAUUACUCCCUACAGAUGAUACCGUAUUACUCCCUACAGAUGAUACCGUAUUACUCCCUACAGAUGAUACCGUAUUACUCCCUACAGAUGGUACCGUAUUACUCCCUACAGAUGAUACCGUAUUACUCCCUACAGAUGAUACCGUAUUACUCCCUACAGAUGAUACCGUAUUACUCCCUACAGAUGGUACCGUAUUACUCCCUACAGAUGAUACCGUAUUACUCCCUACAGAUAAUACCGUAUUACUCCCUACAGAUGGUACCGUAUGACUCCCUACAGAUGGUACCGUAUUACUGA